AGCGCUGGCAGACUGGUGCCCUUGGCUCCCCAGCAUGGGCCCCUCGGCCUGGGCCAUCUGCUGCCUCCUGGGGGGCCUCCUGCUCCAAGGGGGGCACCCCAGCCCCGGCCCCAGCCCCAGCCCCAGCGUGCCCCGUCUGCGGCUCUCCUACCGAGACCUCCUAUCUGCCAACCGCUCUGCCAUCUUUCUGGGUCCCCGGGGCUCCCUGGACCUUCGAGCCAUGUACCUGGAUGAGUACCGGGAUCGCCUCUUUCUGGGAGGCCGUGAUUGCAUUUACUCUCUGCGGCUGAACCAGGCCUGGCCGGAUCCCAGGGAGGUCCUGUGGCGGCCUCAGCCAGGACAGAGGGAGGAGUGUGUUCGAAAAGGAAGAGACCCUUUGACGGAGUGCGCCAACUUCGUGCGGGUGCUGCAGCCGCACAACCGGACCCACCUGCUGGCAUGUGGCACUGGGGCCUUCCAGCCCACCUGUGUCCUCAUCGCGGUCGGGCACCGUGGGGAGCACGUGCUCCACCUGGAGCCCAGCAGUGUGGAGAGUGGGAGAGGACGGUGCCCACAUGAGCCCAACCGACCCUUCGCCAGCACCUUUGUAGGCGGGGAGCUGUACACGGGCCUCACUGCCGACUUCCUGGGGCGAGAAGCCAUGAUCUUCCGGAGUGGGGGUGCCCGGCCUGCCUUGCGAUCUGACUCUGACCAGAACCUCCUGCACGACCCCCAGUUUGUGAUGGCCGCCCGGAUCCCUGACAACUCCGACCAGGACGAUGACAAGGUGUACUUCUUCUUCUCGGAGACUGUCCCCUCACCCGACGGUGGCCCAGGUCAUGUCACCGUCAGCCGCGUGGGCCGCGUCUGCAUGAAUGACGUGGGUGGACAGCGCGUGCUGGUGAACAAGUGGAGCACCUUUCUCAAGGCCAGGCUGGUCUGCUCCGUGCCCGGCCCUGGUGGUGCUGAGACUCACUUUGACCAGCUGGAGGAUGUGUUCCUGCUGUGGCCUAAGGCAGGGAAGAGCCUUGAGGUGUAUGCGCUGUUCCGCACAGUCAGUGCUGUGUUCCAGGGCUUUGCGGUCUGUGUGUACCACAUGGAAGAUAUCUGGGAGGUCUUCAGGGGGCCCUUUGCCCACCAAGAUGGUCCCCAGCACCAGUGGGGGCCCUAUGGGGGCAAGGUGCCCUUCCCACGUCCCGGUAUGUGCCCCAGCAAGAUGACAGCACAGCCAGGACGACCCUUCGGCAACACCAAGGACUACCCGGACGAGGUGCUGCAGUUUGCCCGAGCCCACCCACUCAUGUUUAGGGCUGUGCAGCCUCGGGGAGGCCGCCCUGUCCUGGUCAAAACCCACCUAACGCAGCAGCUGCGCCAGAUAGUGGUGGACCGAGUAGAGGCAGAGGAUGGGACCUAUGAUGUCAUCUUUCUCGGAACCGACUCAGGCUCUGUGCUCAAGAUCAUUGCCCUUCAGGAAGAAGGCUCGGCUGAGCCCGAGGAGGUGGUUCUGGAGGAGCUCCAGGUGUUUAAGGUGCCAACACCCAUCACUGAAAUGGAGAUCUCCGUCAAAAGGCAAAUGCUGUACGUGGGGUCCAGGCUGGGCGUGGCCCGGCUGCAGCUGCACCAGUGUGAGACUUACGGCAGUGCCUGUGCAGAGUGCUGUCUGGCCCGGGACCCGUACUGUGCCUGGGAUGGCACCUCCUGCACCCGCUACCGGCCUGGCACCAGCAAGCGCCGGUUCCGCCGGCAGGACAUCCGGCAUGGCAACCCUGCGGUGCAGUGCCGGGGUCAGCGCCAGGAUGGGCUAGUGGCGACCAGCAAGGUCUAUGGCACAGAACACAACAGCACCUUCCUUGAGUGCCUGCCCAAAUCUCCCCAGGCUGCUGUGCACUGGUUCUUACAGAGGCCAGGGAAGGUGGGACCUGACCAGGUGAAGACAGACGAGCGCGUCCUGCAGACGGAGCAGGGGCUGCUGUUCCGAAGACUCAGCCGCCUGGACGCGGGCACCUACAUCUGCAGGACGCUGGAGCAUGGCUUCUCCCAGACGGUGGUCCGCCUGGCUCUGGAGGUGAUUGCAGCCACCCAGCUCCACAGUCUGUUUCCCCGCCAGCCUCGGCCAGAGGAGACCCCAGCCCAGGGAGGACUGUCCUCCACGCCACCCAAGGGCUGGUAUAAGGACAUCCUGCAGCUCACUGGCUUCGCCAACCUGCCCCGGGUGGAUGAAUACUGUGAACGUGUAUGGUGCUCCUCUCGGAGCCGUGCCAAGCAGGCCAAGGGCAAGAGCUGGGCAGGGCUGGAGCUGGGCAAAAAGGUGAAGAGCCGGGGGCAGGUUGAGCGCAAUCGGACACCCCGGGAGGUGGAGGCCACAUAGAAGAGGGUGGAGCCGCGUGGCCCAGCAGCAGCCCCUGUCAGAGCAGAGGACCACCAUGCCAGACUGUCUCCUAGAGAUGGAGUCUCUGCCCCCGCCCCCAGCAGGCUGCCACAGAAAAGAGGGGGGAUUGAGGGAGGGGCCCUGGGCUUGAGGGAGGGGUCCUGUUCCUGUCCUCUCUGUGCUCUCAGUCCCAGGCUGGUGCCAGCACCCGCUAGCCUGCUGGUAACCCUGUGGGACUACUAUUUGUUCUCAGGGAUGGACCCCAGAACACAUUUCCGCUUGUGCCCACAGGGAGAGGGCUGGGUGGUUCUUUCCCAGUCUGCAGAACAAUGGCCAUUCUGAGAGGCCCCUAGAGUGGGUGUGAGGGUGUGUCUGAGGUGGUGUCUGGGCAGGGAGCCUUCAGACAGCCAGGGGGGCGAAGCGGCCUCCAAGUCAGCACCCAUUAAGAAGACCUUAGCACCUAGUUAGGUGCUAAGAGGGUGGGACAGCAAGACACCUUCCCCAGCCGGGCCCAUGCCCGCCUGAUCUGCAGCUGGCUCCUUCCCACUGCCUCCCACCUCUCCUGCAUCUCAGAAUCACUCCUAGAAGCACAGACUGCUGGAGCUCCUGGGACCUGCAGGUGGUUUGGGCCUCACCCCUCCUUUAUGAACCGAAGAGGAGGGCCUCAGAGCCUGACUUCCCUUCCCCAGGCCAGCUUUCCUGGGGUGCCCAUACCUCCUGAAAGAUUGCCCCUGUCCCCAUCAUAAUCUCCAUGCUGACGGGCAUGGGGAGGGUGGGUUUCAGGAGAAU